GGCCUGGAGUGCAGCGGAGAAGGAGAGUGUGAGGCAGAGAGGGAGGAGGCUUGUUCUCAUCAAAAGAGCUCUCAAGUUAAUGAGACCCCAAAGCCCUCAGACCCCCACAGCUCCACACACAGAAACAGAGAUAAACAAGGAGCCGGAGGGAAACGUCUACGCUGGAUCUGAAAUGACGUGGCGGGAGGAGCUCCGCAGUCGGCAGUUCUGGAGCGCCGCCUUAGCAGAGCUGCUUGGCACCCUGGUGUUAGUGAGCGCCGUGCUGGGCGCCUCUGUUCCAGGGCCCGGCGAGGCCCCCGUGGGGCCCCUGUAUCCAGCAGUGGCAGUGGGUGUGGUCAUUGUUGCAUUGGCACACUGCUUUGGAGAAAUAAGUGGAGCGCAGGUGAACCCGGCUGUCACGCUGUCCUUGCUGGCCACCCGGAAGCUGGACGCUGUGCGGGCUCUCGUUUACCUGGUGGCUCAGUGUUUGGGGGCCUGUUUAGGGGCCUCGGCCCUCUACCUGGCCCUGCCCCUCAAAGCCACAGCAGAGCACUUUGUUAACAGGGUUCCUGCAGAUUUGAAUGCAGCGCAGGCUCUGUGCAUCGAGAUUCUGUGCACCUUUCAGAUGGUUUUCACCGUCUUCUCAGUGGAGGAGCAGAGACGGAAGGAGAGCGUGGAACCAGGAAAUCUGGCCAUUGGGUUUUCUCACACUGCUGGAGUUCUAAUAGGGGCUCGUUUCUCUGGUGCCAGCAUGAACCCGGCACGCUCCUUGGGUCCAGCCAUCAUCACUGGAUUCUGGGAAAAUCACUGGGUAUACUGGAUCGGUCCCAUCAUCGGCGCUCUACUGGCCGGAGUGUCCCAUGAGUUCUUCUUCGCCCGCAGCGCCUCUCGCCAGAAGCUGGUGGCCUGUUUGACCUGCAAGGACAUCGAGAUCGUUGAGACGGCCAGCAUGACCGGCUCGUCUCUGUCCACAGUCACUCAGAACGCCAUGAGAGCCAAACAUGCCAACAAACAGGAAAGCAACUGAAGACGGACGCUGGUUUAGUCAGGCUUCGAUAGAGAUGAGCGAAGGCAGGAGCUGAGUUACCAACGGUUAAACUCCUUUAACGUCCUGUGCCAAAAAAAUCACAAAUCAGACUAAUGUUCUUAAGAUCGCUGUGCAAUAAAUAAAAACAAAUAUGAUUAUGAUAACUCGCUUAAAACAGAAGAAAACCGUAUCACAAUCUAAGAA